UUCCCACGGAGAUCACCAAUGCGAGAGCGUCAGACACCUGAACUUUCAACUACCUGACUAAAACCACGUCGAGAGUACAACCACCACUACUAGAGAGACAGACAGACAAAAGUGUCCAUCGUCAAAAGCUGAAGUCGGUGAGGCGGCGGAGAGGCCAGCUCUUUUCCCUCCCGAGUGGGACACAUGGCUUCAAACAGCAUCUUCGACACAUUCUCCAGCUACUCGCCCAGUUUACUGCGAGACCCGAGCACGAGCAGACGGUUCACGCCGCCCUCCGCCUCGUUCCCGUGCGCUAAAGUGACCGAGAGCCCGAGCAUGAACGCACCGGGUCCGCUGCGGGCCGGCCGGCCGGUGGAGAGCCGCUCCGUGGUGGACGUGCUGGCGGAUCACGCUGGAGAGCUGGUGCGCACCGACAGCCCCAACUUUCUCUGCUCGGUGCUGCCGUCACACUGGAGGUGCAACAAAACCCUGCCGGUGGCUUUUAAGGUGGUGGCUCUGGGUGACGUUCCUGACGGGACUCUGGUCACGGUGAUGGCGGGAAAUGAUGAGAAUUAUUCCGCGGAGCUGAGAAACGCGUCUGCCGUCAUGAAGAACCAGGUGGCGCGAUUCAACGACCUGCGCUUUGUGGGCAGGAGCGGCAGAGGAAAGAGCUUCACUUUGACCAUCACUGUGUUCACUGGACCACCCCAGGUCGCCACAUACCACCGCGCUAUUAAAGUCACCGUGGACGGACCUCGAGAACCAAGACGUCACCGCAUGAAGCCGGACGACCCUCAUAAGCAGUUCUCCGAUCGCCUGAGUGACAUCGAGCGUUUCCAGAGGGCCGGUCUGAGGAUGAACCCUGGCAACGGGACCACCCGCUCCCACCAGACCCAUUACAACCCCUCCAGCACCACACCGAUACCAGGUGCGUGUUUUGUCCCUGGAUGCCCUACAGAUCCAGUGUGUGUGUUUGCUUGAUUCAGACGUUCAGACUCGUCACAACAACUCGCACCUCGACGUCUGGAAUCUAGCAACCCCUCUCGAUCUCGGCUCCCACGUCACUGUGUGUGAUAGUGGCUGAGGAUACGUUUUCAGAUGCAAGUAAAGACGUUUGAGCAUGAUGUCUGCUAGCAAACCAGCAAAACGCUCACACUCUCAAAGGCACGUAUGCACUUCGCUCGCAGUCUAUGUUUCUAUUUUCAAAUAGACAUACACACCCAGGUAGA